AUGGAGCGUGCACGGGCGGCCAGCGUAUGGUACGCGGGGCAGUGGGCCGCUGCUACGCGCCGGCAGUGGGUCCUGCGGAGCGCAGGGGUCGAGGGACACGCGGUAGCGGCCUCGGUAUCGCACACCCUCAUCGCUUGCAAGGACCACGUCCUGGCCGCCGGCCAGAACGCCGCUGGGGAGCUCGGCGGAAUGCCAGACGCUACGCGCUGGCACACGCGCCGCAUCGAGGGCGCGGUGCAGCACGUAGCGGCAGGCAGCAACUUUUCGUGGAUAGGGAAUAGCGAGCGCAUGCUCGCGUGCGGAACACACAACCGCGGCCAGCUCGGUGCACUGCGUGCCGACGGCGCGCUCGCGCACGCCGACGUGCCGCGUGUCUCGGAGAUCGCCGCGGGCCUCGACCACGUCGUGGUGCGCUCGGGCAGCGAGGUAUGGACCUGCGGACUCAACACCGACGGCCAGCUCGGACGCUCAGACGCCGGGCGAUACGAUUCGCAUAUGCGCCGCGUCGCCCUCCCGGACGCGGAGCGCGCGGCAAGCGUGCGCGCGGGCGGCGACACGUCGCUCGCGCUCACGGAAAAUGGGCGCAUGUUUGUCUGGGGCAACACCGAGUACGGCCAGGCCCUAUGCGACUCGGGCGAUCAGCUCCGGACACCGACCGCGGCGCCGUGCGAUAUACCCCUUGCGGACGCGCGCCUCGGCGGCAGCUUCGUGGUGCUUCGUGAUGACGACGGAAAGGUGUACACGGCGGGCUACGGCGCGACAGCGACAGGCGCAGGGAUCCAGCGCAUAAAGCAGGUGGACCUUCCGCAUGCGCAUUGCAUCGGCGCGGGCCUCGAGAUGGCGGCCGCAGCGACCGCCGACGGCAUCUAUGUAUGGGGCCUGCUCCGUACGCCGGACGGGCUGCGGCAUAUUGCGCGCCCGGAGCGUAUUCCGACGGAUGGCCCGGGGCCACAAAAGGUGUCGGCGCUGGUGUGUACGCGCGACGCGCUCUUGGCACUGGAAGCGUAG